CUCUUUGCCCUUCCCUUCCACUAAACUCCCUCUCUCUUCUUCCUCCAAUUAGCUAGGGUUUCUCUUUUUCAUCCCUGUAAUAUAAUUGCUUUUGUACUGGAAGCAAGCAAGGAAGAAAGAAAGAAAGAAAGAAAGAAAGAAAGAAGAAGCUCUUCAAAAAGCUACCUACAAUCUAAGAAAGAUAUAUACAAGGCUACCUCUAUACUCCAGUACUACUUUUUUACAAUUCAUCUCCUCAAACAAAAACCUAGAUCUCAAACAGGGGCCGCUAUUUGUGAGAUUAAAGAAAAGAGAGAGAAUUUGAACUGCAGACUGGUGACAAAUGGCUUCAUCCAGCUCAUACAAUUCACCCUGUGCCGCCUGCAAGUUCUUGCGAAGGAAAUGCUUGCCGGGUUGCAUCUUCGCUCCUUACUUCCCUCCAGAGGAGCCUCAGAAAUUCGCCAAUGUUCACAAGAUCUUCGGAGCAAGCAACGUCACCAAGCUCCUCAACGAACUCCCUCCUCACCAAAGAGAAGAUGCAGUCAACUCCCUUGCCUAUGAGGCUGAGGCAAGAGUAAGAGACCCCGUCUAUGGCUGUGUCGGCGCAAUAUCUUUUCUGCAAAGGCAAGUUCAGAGACUCCAGAAAGAGCUUGACGCCGCUAACGCGGAUCUUAUCCGCUUCGCCUGCAACGAGAUCCCGACCGCCGCAUUGCCUGCAUCAGUACUACCAGGCUCUGCAAAUAGGCAGAGACCGGUUGGUUUUAGCAGAGGAGUUGGUAAUGAUGGAGGAGGUUUCUAUAACCUACACUCUCCUUCCUUCUCUCAGCUUCCAAAUUACCCGUUUCCUUGGAAUAAUCAAAACCCUUCUGGGGAUGUCAAUGAAGGAGCUGGAGAAGAAGGAGGCAACAUGUGAUUUCAAGACUACUUCAAU